GUAAGAUUAAGUUUUUUCUGUUAAGGCAUGUGAUUCAAUUAUUUGUAUUAGAGAAUAUUUGGUAUAACAUGAGUUAGUUAUUUGGUUUCUUUAAAAUUUUCUAAUAAACGUCUCAACCCUCACACUUCUCAUACAUAUAUCACACAUUCAUCAACACAGAGGAACCCAAAAAGAAGAGAGCACUCUAAAAUCUCAAAUAUUUCAAGAAAAUGGGCUCAAGAAAGGAGACACAGUUAACUCCGUUGCAAAUCACUGACGACGAAACUGCCCUCUUCGCCAUACAGCUAGCCAGUGCCUCCGUUCUUCCUAUGGCUUUGAAAUCGGCUAUAGAGCUCGAUCUUCUCGAGAUCAUGGCCAGGAACUCUUCUCCCAUGUCUCCGUCUGAGAUCGCUUCUCAUCUUCCGACCAAAAACUCCGAAGCCCCGGUCCUGCUGGACCGUAUCCUCCGGCUUCUUGCGGCGUACUCUAUCCUCACUUGCUCCGUCCUUACACUUCCCGGUGGUGUCGAGAGGAUUUACGGACUUGGUCCGGUUUGCAAGUAUUUGACCAAGAACGAAGAUGGUGUCUCGCUUGCUGCUCUUUGUCUCCUGAACCAUGACAAGGUCUUCAUGGAAAGCUGGUACCAUUUGAAGGAUGCAAUUCUUGAUGGUGGAAUUCCAAACAACAAAGCUUAUGGCAUGAGCGCGUUCGAGUACCACGGGACUGACCUUAGGUUCAACAAGAUCUUCAACAAUGCGAUGUCUAACCAUUCGACAAUUACAAUGAAGAAGAUUCUCGAGACCUAUAAUGGUUUCGAGGGAUUGACUUCUUUGGUUGAUGUUGGCGGUGGCAUUGGUUCUACUCUCAAGAUGAUUGUAUCCAAGUACCCUGACCUCAAAGGCAUCAACUUCGAUCUCCCUCACGUCAUCGAAGAUGCUCCUUCUCAUCCCGGUAUUGAGCAUGUUGGAGGAGAUAUGUUUGUAAGUGUCCCCAAAGGUGAUGCCAUUUUCAUGAAGUGGAUAUGCCAUGAUUGGAGCGAUGAACACUGCGUGAAGUUGAAAAACUGCUACGAGACGCUUCCAGAGAAUGGGAAAGUGAUAUUAGCAGAGUGCAUAGUUCCAGAGACACCAGACUCAAGCCUCUCGACCAAACAAGUCGUCCAUGCAGACUGCAUUAUGAUGGCUCUCAAUCCCGGAGGCAAAGAACGGACCGAGAAAGAGUUUGAGGCAUUAGCCAAAGCAUCGGGCUUCAAAGGCAUGAAAGUUGUUUGCAACGCCCUUGGUGUUUACCUUAUUGAGUUGCUCAAGAAGAUCUAAAAAAAACUAAAACUCCCUUAUUGAUGAUUUAUAAAUAAACAUGCAUGCUAUCAUGUACCUGUCUACUUCACCACGUUAUUGUUAUUGAUCGGGAUUCAAACCUAUGCUGUUUAAUCAUGGUUAGAGUUUGCUACGAUCUCCAUAUUAAGAUAUUGUACUUGUGUUUUUGUUUGUUUGGAACAAAAUUAUGUAACUCCAG